UCCCCACCCACUAUCAAAGUCUCUCACUCUUCUUCAAAUCUUGUCUUCAAAGCUUAAUUCUAACCGCGUCGAUGGCUCGUACCAAACAAACAGCCCGUAAAUCCACUGGCGGCAAGGCUCCCCGGAAGCAAUUGGCGACGAAGGCUGCUCGGAAGUCGGCUCCGGCGACCGGAGGCGUAAAGAAGCCGCACAGAUUCAGGCCGGGGACAGUGGCGCUGAGGGAGAUUAGAAAGUACCAGAAGAGCACGGAGCUUCUGAUCCGAAAGCUUCCGUUCCAGCGGCUAGUUAGAGAGAUCGCUCAGGAUUUCAAGACGGAUCUUCGGUUCCAGAGCAGCGCUGUUUCGGCGUUGCAGGAGGCGGCGGAGGCGUAUCUCGUCGGAUUGUUUGAAGAUACAAAUCUCUGUGCGAUUCAUGCUAAGAGAGUUACGAUUAUGCCUAAAGAUAUUCAAUUGGCCAGACGGAUUAGAGGUGAGAGAGCUUAGAUAGCUAUGGAGUUUUGAGGUUUCUGAAGUGAAAGUUUGGACGAUUAAUGGCGUUAGGGAACGAAUUUGAUAUGUAAAUUUGCUUGUUCUUUGGAUCUUUAUCUACUUUUGCAAUGAAAUUGGACUUUUGACAAAAUCACUAAAUUUCGAACAUUUUUUAA